AUGAAGCCUCUCCUCCUCCUCCUCCAGGCGACAUCUUGAAACCGGGCAUUCCUAAGGGCGUUUGCGUUAACUGCGUUUUCUGGAAUUCCCGGGAUACGAACCGUAGCUUUCUGCCUCUUCUCCUUUCUAGUGUUGCGUAACGGACUGGAAAGGGUGGGGAUGUGGAAAGGGAAGGAUUGGAAACAUUUAUGUGCAAUGAGCCAUUUGCUGCCUUUUUCUGCUUUGCUCAUGGGACUGCUGCCGACAAGAACCAUGGCUUGGACUUCAACUGGGACGACACAUGCUGAACUGAUCAACAAUCUUUAUAGAAAUGGUGUGAUUAAAUCCCAACGUGUUCAGGCUGCGAUGCUGGCUACCGAUAGAGCCCACUAUACCAAUUAUUUUCCAUAUAUGGAUUCUCCUCAGUCAAUUGGAUACAAGGCUACUAUCAGUGCACCUCACAUGCAUGCUCACGCUCUUGAGCUACUGAAGGAUCAGCUAGUGGAAGGAGCAAAGGCAUUAGAUGUAGGAUCAGGAAGUGGCUAUCUUACUGCUUGUUUUGCUAGAAUGGUGGGCCCCACAGGCAAGGCAAUAGGUAUUGAGCACAUAGAAGAAUUGGUUCAUGAAUCCCUUAGGAACGUCAGAAAAGAUGAUCCAAACUUACUUAGUUCUGGACGAAUGAAACUUUUAGUUGGGGAUGGUAGGAAUGGAUAUCCCGAAGACGCCCCAUAUGAUGCCAUCCAUGUUGGUGCAGCUGCACCCACUGUGCCAGUGGAGUUGCUGAAUGAACUGAAACCUGGAGGACGACUGAUUUUGCCAGUAGGGCCAGAAAAUGGAAACCAGGUUAUGAUGCAAUUUGACAAAACGAUGGAUGGCCAGAUUGUGGAAACGCGUCUGAUGGGUGUGAUAUAUGUUCCUCUGACAGACAGAGAAAAACAGUGGCCUCAGUAAAAUAUUAAAACAUUUUUUUCUUUUGUAAAGUUACCAGACUAGUGAAUUGGUGUCCCAAUUGGCUUUUGCUAGGCAAAGUAAAGAUACUAAUACGAGAAUAGAAUCUAACAAAACCACUAUAGAAACUAGAAUUAUCUCCCCUUAAGCAGACAAGCAAUGAAAUCUUAGAAAACAAAAUCUCAAAUAGAGCUCAUAAUUUUGCCAAAACCACUGUUCAAACAUUUUACUCCAAAUGAGAAUGAUUUCAGAAUCUCUCUUAUCUUUCUGAUAUGUUAACAGUUUUAAUUUUCCAACAUUUAAUGCUAUGAAUACAUGCAAACUGCAAGUUAAAUUCUACCGUAUUUUAGCUUCAUGGAACUUGCUUUCCCAAAAACAUGCAUGUGACUGGAUAGCAGGUGUAUUUAUAAAUGUGAAUUUACAUAUACUUCAGUUUAAUAUUGAUGUUCUAAAGGGUUUUAUUAUGAAUAUUGUAACCCCAAGAUUUAACAAGCAUUCCUAUGAACUUCUUUGAAUUAAAAUUAACAAUGGUAAAAUAAAUUUAGUAGUUGGAAAAAAAAUAAAACAAUGCUUUGCCCAUUCUUCCUUAUUUAUGCUCUAAUCACAAUUAUUUGUUUAAUCCAAAACUGGAAAGCAUGAUUUAGUAUUAAUUUACUACUCAAAAACUUCAGUAUUUAUAUAACACUAAACAGCCACCUUUGGUAGUAUUUUUUCAUUCACAGCCAAAUAUUAGCAUUAGGUUUUAGGAAGAAAGAAUUAUUGUGUGAUGUAAUAAAAGUCAAUUAUUUCUUUUUCUCUAGGGAUGAACUUUAAAAGAUUUAAAUAGUUUAUAAAGGACCUUUUGAAAAUCUAUGAACUAUGUUUGGAAAAAUUGAUAUUUGCAGUACAUUAUAUAUGAAUGCUCAUUUCUCCUCUUUGAAAGUAACAUUGGACCUGUAAUUUUAACAACUUGGAUGGAAUUUGGAAACAAAGCAAUGGAAAUUGGUUGAUUAAGAAAUGAUUUCACAUUUCACAAUUAUCAAUAAUUCUUGUGUGUACCAAUGUAGAAUAAACAGUGGACAACUUUC